CAUAGCUGAACUCCUCCCUUGGCGGGUUCUGAUUGGCUGAUCCACAGCCUGACAGCCAGAUCAGUCAGUCUGCUGGACGAUACUGACUCUAAUGAAGUGAGUUCAUCUCGAGCGGACUGCGUCUCUACUAUGCAUUGUACAAACUGAUGGAAAGUCGAUAAACGAGUACGAUAUUGUACGUUCAGACAAUUUAUCAUCAACGCAUUCGGCAGUUCAGAACUUCCAGCUCAACUCAUCAUGUAAAGCGCGUGGGUAUCCAGACGUAUCCGACAGACUGGUGCUGUUUAACUGUUAUCAACAUGAUUCCGCCAGCGAACAUGAUUCAGGAGGACACGAUGGGCAAGGAGAACGAACGGGAACACCGUGAGCCCCAGUCCCCAUCAUACAUCAGCCAGCAGGAGUCAAAGCUGCAGAGGCUAAAACGUUCACUGUCUUUCAAGACUAAGAGUCUUCGCAGCAAAAGCGCUGAUAAUUUUUUCCAACGGCCGAUCGAGGAUGUGAAGUUUCAAACCGAACUGCUCUCGGAUGUCAGCAGCAGCACAGGUCAUCUGAGUACCAUCGGCGUGUCCAUCUCGACCUCCCCAGCGAUGUCCCUUCCUCCACCACCCCCUCCGCUGCCGACCGUCAUCCCGGGCAACCUGCCCAUCACAAUCUGUUCUCCAUCCCGUGCCCCCCGCCAGAUGGACCCCAACGCACACACCUUUCUAGAGCACAUCUUCAAGAAGCCCCACUUCUGUGACAUCUGCAACCACAUGAUUGUAGCUUGCCAAGGGGGAGCAGGCAAGGUGUUCGGCACCAAUGCUAAGCUGGGCCUCCGGUGCAAAGCCUGCAAGAUGGGCAUCCACCACAAGUGCCUGGAUGGAGUUGGACAGCAGAGAUGCAUGGGGAAAUUGCCCAAAGGUUUUCGAAGAUAUUCAAGCUCCCCUCUGCUGAUUCAGGAACAGUUUGGUUGCAUUAGGGAGGUUAUGCCUAUUGCCUGUGGCAGUAAAGUUGACCCGGUGUAUGAGACUCUGAGGUUCGGAACCUCUCUGGCACAAAAGACCAAGCGGGCCAGUGGAUCGGAGUCACCACAGAGAAACUCUACCAGUGACGUGGCUCAGGUACCAGAAGAAAAGGCGGCCCACAGCAGUCGAGCUCAACUCACCAGGAAACCCAGUGACAAUGUUUUUACACCCUUGGAGAAUGGAACAGAACAUUUUCAUAUUGCUGAAAGGAAAUCAGAAGAAUCAUCUUCAAACAGAGAGCUGAAGAGGGACCCCAUGCUGCUCAAUACUUAUGUGGCUUUGUUUGGAUUCACCCCCCAAGACAACCAAGACUUGGAAAUGAGACCCGGAGAUCGAAUAAUCCUGGCAGAUGAUUCUAAUGAUGACUGGUGGAAGGGUGUGAUUGAGGAUAGAAUAGGUUUUUUCCCGGCAUCCUUUGCGCAUCAGGUGAGGGCAGAUGACAGGGUGUUCAGAUGUCACCGAACCUUUAUUGGCUGUAAGGAACAAGGGCAGAUCACCCUGAAAGAGGGACAAAUUUGUGUCAGCAGUGAGGAUGAACAUAAUGGCUUCAUCAGAGUAGCCAGUGGAAAAAAGAGAGGAUUCGUUCCCUGUGACGUCCUGGAGAAUAUAUGAAACGAAAGAACGGAGAAAAGAAAUGGUGUGGUUAAAGAAAAAGAGACUUUCCAGAGCGAUGACUCCAGCACUGCCUCCUGCCACCUGUAGGGUGAGCAGACACUGCAGGGCUCUCAGGAGGGAUCAGAACAGCCCUGUUCUAACCCCUGUCUCCCUCAGUGACAAAGGAAGAAUGUACACUGACUCCAAAGAGUAUUUGGACACCUAAGUUGCACCUAAAAUUCAAAACAUUUCAUUUACUAACAAAACUAUCAAAUUAUCUGCAAACAAAUGAUGCCAUGCUUUUCUCAGAACUAAUUUCACUUUUCUAAGCCAUUUUUUUUAGCCAACUAAUGUCAAGGUUGACAACUAGAAAGUGUCUUCUUUUAACAGUAUAUGUAUUAUAUCAUUUAAAAACUAAAACUAUAUUUCUUUAAAAGCCACUUGGUUUGAUAUUUUGAAAUCUAAUGCAAUGCAUACUUCAAGUUUAGCUCAAUUGUCCAAAUACUUUUUGGGGCCAUUGCAUGCGUGUUUCAUUAAAGGGAUAGUUCGCCAAAAAUGAAAAUUAUCCCAUAAUUUACUCAUCCUUGGUGUAUCGGAGUUAUUUUUGAAAAUAUCCUGGC